AUGUGGAAACUACCUCCUCCUGCAGAGAAAAUGGGCCAGAAGGUCUCACACAAGGACAACCAGGAGAACGAGGCUGAAACUCUAAGCAUCUGUGAAGUCUUCAGCCAAGGUGUGGUCCAUGCAUCUCAAAGGCUGAAGGACUAUCUUGGUUUUGUGGAUCCUCAGAGCAAAUUCCAGCCAGGCACAAACGCGCUCAGCAAGAUCUUUUUGGUCGACUUCAUCAGUUUCUGGGUGGAAAAGGGAGCGGAGGAACGUAUCACAACCAGCAAAAUGACCAAGCAGCAGUCCUCCCUGUUCGGGGUGGACUGGAUAUGGACUCUGUCUGGGGCUGACAAGCAAAUCAAACUUCAGAUUGCCGUGCAGGCUUUACAGCUGGCCGAGCUUUUCCGUAGCGAGGGCGGCCCUGCUGAGGCAGUGGAGGACUGCUGCUGGGAAGCCGCGCUGGCAGAUGAGCACUUCCAAAACAGGAGCAGGUUGGAGAAGCUGGCAGAGUUCUGCUGCCUGGUGGGACAGGACUGCCGGGUCUUGCUCAUCGUGUUCGGUGUGCCAGGGAAGCCCAAGGACAUCCGCGGCGUCAUGCUGGACAGCCUUGCCAAGGAAGAGCAAAAAUGUCGCCUGUCGGGCAGAAAUGCGCUACGGCAAUUUGUCACCAGUACUGACAGCUUCCUGCCCACAAAAGACAUGUUGGAAAACUGUCUGGGCGUAAAAAACAGACCGAAGGAGGUGGGCAAUGUGUACAUAAACUUUCUGUAA